AUGUCGCCCUCGUUAACUACUCACGAUACCCGACGGCGAGACGCUCUGUCGAUUGAUGCGCUGGUCGAGCGUCCGAGUACCCGGCAGUGCGGCAAGUGCCAGGAAGCUCAGUCGCGAUGCGACGGCCGCGAGCCAUGCCGCAACUGCGAGGACCGCGGUACACUCUGUGGCUAUGCCUGGUCGUCGUUCAGUGCGCCGCAUAUACUCCCGCCUGUGCACCAGGCCUCGCAGACACCUCAGGGUCACUCUGUGCUCUACUUUUCUCCGCCUUCCGCCAAGCGCCGGUCGCCUGCCCCAACAGGUUCGAUUUUCCCGCGCUCCAAUGCACUCGACGGAGGGUGGGCCAUUGUCCCCCAGGGAACGAAUGCCCCCGCAGCGCAUCACCCACCUGGACCAGUUGUUGCAUGUAAAACCUGCCAAGCCCGCAAUACUCCUUGUGACGGAGUUACCCCGGUGUGUGGAUCUUGCCGUAUGCGCCGGCUGGAGUGUUACCUAGCUACCCCUGUGAGCUCAUCGUCCGAUAGACGCAAUGGAAACGCCCCGACUAUGUCGUGGAGCGCACGGGACACUCAGGCGCUUAAUCCUCGUUCGUUUCCCCCCUCGCUCAGCCAGGCCGCCAUGCUUCUCCCACCCUCUGGCCCAUUUCGUCCGAGAGCACCGAGCGAUGCAAGCAAGCCUUCAUCUUCGCGUACGAGUUUGAGCUUCAUGCUGAAUCCGAAUACCGAGGGAAAAGCCCCUUCUGGGUCCAAGGGAAAUGGCCAGCGUCCAUCCGAGUUGAAGAAUAUCAGCACCAAUGUCAAGACACCGACGCAUCAUGUUACGCCUCCCACCCCUGUUGCGCCCGCAUCUAUGGAGAAGGCCCAAUGCGCUCCCCCCUCGAUGCAAAUGGACAUUGAUACUCCCACUCCUACCUCACGCGACCCUCCCACGAGCCCAUCUUCCUCAACUUCUGGCACCAUGGCGGGAACAACUGAUUUGUCUCGUCGGCCAUCUAGAAAACGCAGCGCUUCUCCCGAUAGAGAGGAUUCUCCAGGAAGAGAGUCGGUGUCCAGUCUGGGCGUAAGCGCAUUGACUAUGAACGGACGUCGGUCCCGAGCCCUUUCACAUGUCCAUUCGCCCAGGAGCUCGAUGGACUCGUACAGUGGGCGACAUGCACUCGAGCCGCACUCACCUCGCUCGCACUCUACUCGGGGCUCCAUGGACUCCCACCGAGGAUCAAUGGAUUCCCAUACCCGAACAUCACUCGAUAACGCACAGUCUCCUACUCGUUCCCAAUCACAUUCUACACGUAAUUCUGUGGAUCUACAUUCUCGUGGACAGCCUCUUGAUGAGGCACGAAACUCGCAUCCUGAAUAUCCCCACUCGAAUCGCCCAGUGGGCUUUCACCCUGGUCACACUAGCCGCCCAAGUGAUCACCACCCCAUAGACGGGCACCCACCCCAUCGCCGUUCGAUCGACCAAGCCCAAGGUCUUACCUCACCUAUAGAUUUGUCCCGCCCGCGCUCCCGCUCAAAGUCUUCGUUGAGUCACUUAUUAGAUGGAGGAGGAUUUGGCGGGAUGGGCUCGAGUACGUCUCCGACUCAUACCACAUCCCCACACGCCCAGGCGCCACCACACACCCGCAUUCUACACAAUACGCACGCUCAAGUUCCACAUUCCGCACCUUCUCAUCCGCAUCCACAUGUCCACCCCCCUCGGACACCCUCUACCGAAAUUGGCUCUGGUCCAAGCCCGACUGCCACAUCCACGACGUCCGCAUCCGAGUCGUUUUCUCGCCCCAUGUCGGCCGAAUCACUGGGUCGGCCUAUUGGUCGAGAGCAAGGUUUUCACAAGGAAACAGGAGUAGUAGCAUACAGGGACCAGGACCAUCGUGAACCAGGACCGCCAGCACAUCGGGAAUCUGGACCGCCACACCGUGAGCCAGGUGCACCAGUCCACAGAGAACCAGUCCUACCUCACAGAGAACCUCCUAAACAAGGGUCAAUAUCCACGGCCCUCGCCGAUAUGCAACUAAAAUCCGCCGGGACUUCACGCGCGUCAUCACCUGGCCAUGCACGUCAUGACGUAUUCGUGCACAGCGCAUUCAAUGGGCCCAAUUCUGGACGACAUGCGUGGACCACAUUUGGGACGGCUGGAGAGAAUAUGGCUAACUCCGAGGGAAGAGCGGUGCCAGCACCGGAACCCAAAGCACCCGUCGUCUUGGAAGGGCGGAUGGCCAAUGUCUGGCGGCACGAAACCGAGGCAGGAAUGCGGCGCCGCGAGGCUGAGGCUGAACUACGGAAACAAGAAUCUCACGGCCAAGUCGAAUUGCACCGCAGACGUUCUGAAGGGGCGAAGCGGAGGAAGAUUGGCGAGUCUGACGAUGAGCAUCGGGCGGAAAGGGAUCGAAGGAUGUCUGGGGCGACUGACGAACGGAGGAUGUCGAUUGUAGAGCCCGAGCGACAGUCGUCGGGUGCGGAAUCUGAUAGGAGAAUGUCCAUUGCAGAGUCCGAGCGGCGAAUGUCAAUUGUCGAGUCUGACAAACGCCCCAUUCCCGAGCCGGAGAAGCGCACGUCGAUGGCCGAACCCGAAAGACGGAUGUCAAUUGUCGAACCCGAGAAACGCACGACGGGCACUGAGACGGAGCGAAAGAAUUCGAUUCCCGAGUCGGGCAGACGCAUGUCAAUUGUCGAGCACGUGCGGAGGGCGACUGGUGUAGCACCCAAGGACUCUGCACACCGAGGAACGAGCAAUUCGCUGCCUAACCCACGGAGCAAUGCUACCAUGGACGUGUUUGCCCGGCCCCGACGCGGAUCUGUCCCUAUGCCUGGCGGUUGGACCGAUGACGACCCCAAGUCCCAGUCGGUGAUUGUCAUUAGCGACUCUCCUGAAGCUCAGACGGCCGAUACAGAAAUGGAGAUUCAAGAACUGUCGGAGCCGUUGUUUCCUGACCGUAAUGCGAUGCCUGACGCCAAGUCCGAUUCGACCGAGGGGCCAUCUCGCGCUGUCGACGAGUCAACGCCACUCGGCCCGUUUGGACACAUAUGGCCUCCGCCGCUCAUCCCGGUUCCAAGCGAUCUGGGCAAGAAAGGACGUCGCACAAAGCCCGAGGCUGAACCAACACCGGUUCGAAGUUUUAUUACUCCAUUGACCCUCCCUCCUCCGCCCCCGACAACCCAGAUAAAACAGCUGACGCCAAUCGUAGACGAUGAGAGCAAGGACAGGGAAAAGGAAAAGGAGAAAGACAAGGACAAGGAAUCUGCAAAUUCGAAUCAGCCUUCCGUUCUUAGAUCGAUGCUCACCACUAUGCCUACCCGUGUUACGUUUAUGAACGAGGUCCAAAAUUUCCUCUCUCAACCGGUGACCAAGACUCGUCGAAAUCGUGCUGUAAUUAUGACCAAGGCGCUCAUGAAGGAUGCGCUCGGUGUAUUGUUAGACCCCAGUACGGACGAACUGCUCAAGGACUAUGUCCCGCCCGAGAAGAAAAAGGACGAGGAAAAAUCGGGUAAAGAUAAGGAUCGCGACGGUACUCCUGCACGCGGGCGAAAAAUGUCGGUCGCGAUUGAUACCACGGACCAUUCCUCGCUGGAAUUUCGGGCUUGGGCUAGACGUAUGUUUUCUACUGUCAAGACGAGUCGGGGCGAAGACGCGUUGGCAUUUGAUGGCAAGCCCGUCGUCGUUGAGGACGACAUUUACGAGACGAUUGUGAUAUGUCAUUCUCAGGGGAAUCACUGCAGCACAGACGAGACGGCCAAGCUGGUUGACCAAGAGCACAGCUGGGUGCCUCGUGCAUUGAUAGAGGCGUUUGUACAGAAAUGUCCUGGGUGUCCGUCGGAGAACAAGACUGCGAACACGGCGGCCAAGCCCAAGAAACGCAAGUCUGUCCGAGGUGCUGGUGGUGCUGGUGGUCCAAAACGCAAGCCGACGGCCGCGCGACGGGGCAAAAAGGCCCAGGACGGCGAGAGCUCACGUCGGUCUCGAAAGUUUACUGGGAAAGAGGUAUCUCCCGAAGAGUCAGACGGGGAAGAGAACGAUCAGGAAGAGGAUGAGUUGAAGGAGAGUGGGGAUGAGGCUGGACCCUCUGUCAAGACCGAGCUCAAGUCUGAUCAUGAUCUGGACCCGACGGGCGACGACCUGGACAAUGACAACGACCAGGACCAGGAUGAACCGGAUCCCGACGCAGACGCAGAGCCAGAACCCAAUGGAGAAGGGAUCGACGAGCUGGACGACGCAGAAGAAUUAGAGAUGGAGAGCGAAGACGAACACGUUUCCGCACCUAGCUCAUCGAGGCAAAAGAAUGCAUGA